CAGUUAAGAGAGCGUCGUACAGUACCGAUCGGCGGACAGUACUGACCAUGCUAGUUUCCAUUUCUGAAGGUAGAUAGCAACACGUUGCAGCACUAGAAGGAUCAAUAUUAGAAGCAGCCUUUGCAUACUUCGGUGACCACUUCGUCUAUUCAAUAUUUUUUGAGUCACGAGUAGAUGCAAAGAAGACAUACUUUGCAAGUUGGUUUGACACAUGGUACAUUGGAAACGCUGUUACUGUUUGCAGAUAAGGGGGCGGCGAGCACGGCGGCGCCGACGCCCCAGCAGUCACACCGCAGCGACGGCAUGGAGAGGUUGAAGGGCCUCGGCCCAUCCCGGAUGGACGUCAAGAGGCAGUACGGAGCGGCGCUAGUUGUGAGCCUGCUGAUGUUCAACUACGGGCUGGCGGCCGGGUGGCCGGCGACGGUAUUGCCGCACCUCAUGUCCCCGGAGGAAAGCCCCCUCGCCAGCGGCACGCUCUCGCUCGAGGACUCGACGUGGCUCGCCACCCUGCUCACCAUCACGGGCAUCCCCGUCGCCCCGCUCGUCGCAGUGGCGUGCGAGCGCUGGGGCCGCAAGUCCGUCGGCUACCUCACCGGCGCGUUGCACGUGUUCAGCAACCUCUUGCCGGCGUUCAGCCUCACCAUCGAAACCUUGUACGUGUCGCGAUCGCUGCUGGGCUGGGCGUGCGCCUUCGGUUUCAUCUUCACGCCGCUGUACAUCAGAGAGAUCUCCGACGACGAGACGCGUGGCCCGUUGGGCGUGCUCAUGACCAUCGUCAUCAACGUGGGCGUGCUGGCCGUCUACGUCAUCGGCACCUACUGCUCUGUCGUCACCACCUCGUGGCUGUGCGCCCUGCCCGCCGUGCUCUUCCUCGUCCUCCUCUUCUGGCUGCCGGAGACGCCCGUCUACCUUCUGAUGAAAGGGCGCGAGGACGAGGCGCGAAGCGCCCUCGUCAUCCUCAGAGGGCCUCGCUACGACGUGCAGGCCGAGGUAGACUGCGUGAACGAGUCGCUGAGAUCUAUGAAGGCCAACGUUCCCGGCGGGCCCUCCAUUCUCAAGGAGUUGUUCACCAGCAAGGCGUCCAGGCGAGCUGGAAUCAUCAUGAUCGGCAUCAUGAUCAACCAGCAGUUCUCUGGGCUCUUCUGCAUCGUCAGUUACACCGUCCAAAUCUUUCAGGAAGCUGGAAGCAACAUGUCGCCGUACCUUUCGUCCAUUGUCGUUGGUUUCAUGAUGCUUGUCGGGACGAUCGUGUCAGUGUUUUUGUGCAAGCGCAUGGGAAGGAAAAUCUUGCUGAUUAUUUCUGACGUGUUUAUGGCUGUGAGUUUGUUUGGCAUGGGCCUAUACUUUUAUCUCAAGCACAUAGGAGAGGAUACAUCUAAGUUUGGUUGGGUUACUCUAGUGUGUUUAUCAGUCUAUAUAAUUGGUUUUAAUAUCGGUUUAGGCCCAAUUUCGAUGUUGGUGUAUACGGAAAUAUUUUCUCCGAAGCUAGUCAGUACCGCUUUGGCUGUUUCCGGUCCGAUACCUGGUAUAUUGUCCUUCAUUAUCGGCAAAUUUUUCUAUACGGUUGCGGAUAUAGUGGGUGUUUAUACAUGUUAUUGGGGAUUUGCUACAACAUGCGCUCUUGGGGUAGCUUUUAUCAUUGCCGCUGUACCAGAAACUAAGAACCGACCAAUUGAUUCCAUACUCAAGGAACUUGAAGGGAUUUCUCCGGAAAUUGAAUCUAGACCAAAAAAAGGAUAUGAUCCUGUUGAUACUAAUGCAAUUUAAUAUAUUUUUAGAAACAUAUAUCUACGAAUUAUUGUUAAUUCGUAAUUCACUCGUUUCUGUUAAAAUGUUAUAAAUAACGUUUUAUAGUAUUUUUGUGUACGUAAAUACGUUGUUAAUACAUAUACUUCAUUUUAAUCACAUUUUAUUUUCGUUUCAUUUUGGUAUCGAAACGGAUUCGCAACCGCCAAGUACCUAAAAUAAAUUGUGAUUUGAUAAAAAUGUAGUACUCGUUUAAAGAGUUUUACACUGAUAAAACACUAAUUCCGAUUUUUCAAAAUAUAUAGGUCUUAAAAGUUAAAUAAUUGUAGAUGAAUAAUUAUGAAUUAUCUUAUUAAUAACUAUAAUAUAAAUAAUCUUACUCAUAACUUCACCUCUAUGGGUCAUAAUUGUCAGUUAUUGAAUGUCUGGUAAUGAAACAUUCAGCAUAAAUUAAACGCAAGUCUAUUUAUUCAUCGAACAAAGUUCUUUUAUGAUAUCUAAUAUAUAGUAUCAUCGUAAGUGUUGCUUUCUAAGAAAGCAGCUUAAUUUAGUAACGUAAUUAAAGUAUUCAUCGAUUUGUUUCAACGUGAACUAAACGUACAUAUGCUUGUUGAUAGUUAUACUACAUAUGAAUGUCAUUUCUCAUAAUUCGUAGGAAUAGUUAAUCAUUAGUACACUAUUUGAGAUUAUAUAAUGGUAUUUUAAUAAUAUCUUGUAAAUAUUUGUAUCGUUUGUCUCUGUUAACAUUUUGUAAAAAUGAUUUAAAUUCUACACUGUAAUUAAGUAUCUUUAAGAUUCAUUUUAUUAAGGUCAUUUUUAUUUCGUAAUAAAUUGCGUGUUUGUCUUCCUUUUAUGAUGGUGA